GCGGUGCUGCGGCUCGGAGCUCCGUGUUGUUCUGAGAAAAGAGACCGAAGGUGGAGCGGGUGGAGACGGACGGCGCAGCCCUAGCCCCGCUCGGUUCGCAGCCUUCACACACGCUCGCUCCGGGCGCGCGCUCCGCGGUUCCGUGCGGGUUCAUGUCGGUCCUGCCCGCGCUGUAAGGCGUCGUAGCGGGAAGUUUAUCGAGGGGGGGUGGGUUUAGCCAGCCGGGGGGGCCAUGGCAGUCGAGGCUCGGCCGGAGCUGGUCGGGAAGCGCUUCCUCUGCGUCGGCGGGGACGAGCCGCCGGAGCUGGGGGACAUCGGCCGCUGGCCGUGGAGGUCCGGGGUCAUCCGAGCCGUCAACCACCGGGACAACGACAGCGCGGAGCUGACGGUCUACGUGGAGUUUGACGACCAGGAGUGGGAUCAGAGGGAGUGGGUCAAGGUCUACGAGGACUUCCAGCUGUUCCUCCUGGAGCACCAGCUGGUCUGGGCCAAGAGGAAGGACGGAGCGGCGGGCGGAGGAGGCGGAGCAGCGGGAGGAGCGGCCGUCCUGCUGCAGGGAACCCGGUCCAAGCACAUACAGUGGCCCGCCCUGGCCUUCAAGCCGGUGGUGGGGAAGAGCCUGCUGGCCGCCGUCACGGCGGUGGAGUUCCUGUUGGACCGCCAGCUGGACUUCCUGCCGGACCACUUGCCCUGCCAGCCCUACCAGGAUGAGGUGGACAGUCAGCACCCCGUGUUAAGAGACAACCCUCAGCUCCACGAAGAAAUCAAAGGCUGGCUCAAAGACCAGAAGGUGCAGGAGAUUUUUAUGCAAGGUCCGUACUCUCUGAAUGGAUACCGUGUGCGAGUGUACCGGCAGGAUUCAGCCACCCAGUGGUUCACUGGCAUCAUCACUCACCACGACCUCUUCAGCCGCAACAUGGUCGUCAUGAACGACCAGGUGCUGGAGCCUCAGAACGUCGACCCCUCCAUGGUCCAGAUGACCUUUCUGGACGACGUGGUCCACUCUCUGUUGAAAGGAGAAAACAUUGGCAUCACCUCCAGGAGACGGUCCAGAUCCAGCCAGAACAACAACAGCGCCCACAUGGCGGGAGGCCGACCCGGCGGGACCACCGGCAGCACUCAGAGUCACUACACCCGAGCCCAGGCCAACAGCCCCCGCCCCCUCAUGACGUCGUCGGGGCCCAACCCCAAAGGCUCCCAGGGGACGCCGGCCUCCCAGCAGCACAGCCAAUCGCAGCAGGGCCAGCAGCCGGCCGGCCAAUCGCACCACUCCCCGGGCGGGAGUGGGCGGGAGCAGAGGGAGCAGCGCAGCUCCCGCUCCUCCAAGAGGAAAGGCUCCGACAGCAGCCUGCCCGAGGACGACAAGGACCGCAAGGAGGACAGCGCCGGCAGAGAGUCCAAGUCCAAGGCCAAGCAGGCCGUCAACAAGCGCAGGAAGGGUGAUGAAGAGGAGAAGAAGGCGGGCCUGAAGAGGCUGAAGACCGACAUGACCUCUGACCUGUCGGAGAGCAGCGACUCAGAAAACCCCCACAAGAGGACCACCCACUCCUCCUGCUCCUCCUCCUCAUCUUCGUCCUCCUCCUCCUCCUCCUCCUCCUCCUCCUCCUCCUCAGAGCCAAACUCUGAGAACGAACUGAAGACUCGCAGCAGCGAUGUCAAACCCGGCGCCGUCUCCAAAAUGGAGGAGGACGAGCAGCCGCAGGGACCCAAAAUGAACAAUUCCUCUGCUCUCAUUGGCCGCAUGGCCCCGUGGGCGGAGCUUCAGGCGUCACAGGACAUGAAGAAGACCCUGGCGAUGGAAACGGGAAAAAGCAUCUCCAAGGAGGAGGAGGAGCUGGUGGCAGUCACACAGAUCACACAGUCGCCACGGCAACACACCCCUCAGCUGGCCGACGCCGUCCAGGGCGGCGGUCUGGAGAACAGCAAGAGCGCUGUGAAAGCGUCCCCCCGCUCUCAGACGCCGUCUCUGUCCCACCUGCACGCCGCGGCCGUCAUCGACAUCACGGACGAGGCCCAGGCCACCGUGCACCGCGAGAGCUCCGAGGCCGUGUCGGCGCUGCUGGCCUCGCAGAACGACGAGACCACCGCCCUGUCCCCCUACGGCCCCCUCAACCCCUCCCCCGUGUCCUCGCCCCCCGUCCCGCCGUCCCCCUCGCCCUCGGAGGGGGCCCGCAGGACGGACGCGGAGCCGCCUGUCCAGCAGCAAAGCAUCGUGGGAGGCGGCGUUGCGGCAGCCAGGAGUUCAAGCGGCAAGCUGGACUUCGUUCCGUCAGAGGUCAUCAGGCCGGUCACGUCUGUGGCUGAGAACGUUCACCUGGUGGAGAAGGAGAAAGCUGCUGCUCCGCACCACCCUCUUCAUCAUCAUCAUCAUCAUCAGCAGCAGCAGCAGCAGCAGCAGCAGCAGCAGCAGCACUACUCCUCCAUCCACCCCAACAUUAAGAGCCCGUCUUUACCCGAGGAGACGAGAAAGCCCCCCGCCCCCCCCACUCACAAGGUGAACACUGACGGCCCCGCCCCGGCCCCCGCCCAGCUGGACCCCCUGAAGCAGAAAGGCCCGCUCCCCAGCCCCCCCCAGAGCCACGCCGACCUGAAGGCCAAGCCCCCCCCGGGCCUGCUGGACAUCUCCAAACCCAAACCCCACACGUCCCCCGAGGUGUCCAGACACAAAGUCCCCCGGUACCCCGACACCUCCCCCCCCUCCCCUCCCCCGAGCCGCCCGCCCUCCAAGAUGGAGCCGGCCGAAGCCCCGCGCUCCGGGUUCAAGCCUGUGGCGGGGCGCCUGGAGGCGGGGCGUCUGGAGGCGGGGGGCGUGGCCAGCAGCACCAAGAGUCCGCUGAUCAUCGAUAAGAACGAGACCUUCACCGUUUACAGGGACCCGGCGCUGGUCCGCUCCGACGCCGAGAACUCCGCCGGCGUCUCCUCCAACCACGUGGCGGCUUACCUCCACCCCCACCUGCACGGCCUGCACUCCCCCUCCCCCCACUCGCCCUGCCUCACCCCCACGUCGCACCCCCACGCCGCGUCCCACCUCCUGGCCCCGCCCCACUCGUCGGCCCUACCUCAUCCGCACCUGCUGCCUCCGGGGGUGCUCUCCGCCAUGCCCCCCCCCACGGCCUCCCUGCUGGGGGGGCACUCUCGCCUGGACUCCCCGGGCUCGCUGGGCCACCUGGGCCUGGCUCACCCCGCAGCGGCGGCCGCACACCAGCAGCAGUUCCUCCAGGGUCAGGGGCCCCCUCCUCCUCCUCUGCUGGCCCAGGCUCACAGCGGGGCCGCGGGCCUCGGCUUGUACCCCAUCCUGUGGCAGUACCCCAACGGCACGCCGGCCUCCUACCCCCCGGGCCUCAAUCUGCCCCCCGCCGCCAAGUGGGUCCACCCCGAGAACCCGGUGGCCGUCAGCUCCGAGGCGUCGCUCCGCAGGAACACAGCCAGUCCGUGGCUUCACCAGGCCGCCGCCGCCGGAGCCGACGGUCUGGGUCUACUGAGCCACGUCCCGGUCCGGCCCGCCAGCGCCGACGCCCACCGGUCCGCCGUCAAGAUCAACGCGCACGCCAGCCCGCCGCUAUCCAAGACCGGCGCCGAUGUCCACAAAGACGAGGUGGAUAAGAAGUCCUUCGCGGACCCCAUCAGGACCCUGACUCUGGCUCACCUGAAGCAGGAGCAGACGGACAGGAGUCGGACCCCGACGGGGAAAGACCACCACCUGCACCGCCUGUACCUGGACCCCCACAGCAAGUCCCGCCUCCCCAACGCACAGGACUCGGUUCAGGCGGCGGACCGAACCAGCAAGUACAAGGAGGAGAACCGCCAGAUCCUGAAGGAGAGCAUCGAGGUGGCUCCGUUCACCGCUAAGAUCCAGCGCUCUGCCGAUCCCGCCGCGGAGCGGGACCGGGACCGGGACCGGGGCAGGGAUCCGGCCUUCCCGGUCCGGGUUCCCGCUCUGGCCUCCCCCAGCCCCAAACCCAGCCACGUGCACCCCCACGUCAUCCAGUCGGAGAAGAGCAACUACUUCACCACCCUGUCCAACAGCGUGGUCAACGAGCCCCCCCGGCUGUACCCCUCCAAGGACCUGGGCUCCUACUACGACAAGGUGGGGGCGCAGGGGGUGGUGGCCAGCGUGGGGGCCGCGGCGCCCUGCCAGGGGGGCAUGGCCCUGGGCAGCUACACCCCCAAAGGCUCCCUCUCCAAGCCCCCCCCUCUCAUCAAGCACCAGCCCGAGGGGGGCGAGGGUCUGGCCGGCAAGAUCACCGAGCAGCUGAGCCAGCAGGGGGCGCUGGUCCAGCCGCAGAGCCACCUGGACCGGGCGGACCGCCGCAGCCCCGCCAUGUCCCCCUCCUGCACCACGUCCUCGUCAGCUUCAGUCUCCAACGCCCACCCCCACCCCCACCCCCACCCCCAGCAGCAGGCGCAGCAGCUCCGGGCCAUGCCGUCCCUCCACCGGGCGCCCGUCUUCCACCCGCCCACGCAGCACGCCCUGGAGCGCCGGGAGGCGGCGGAGCGGGAGAAGGAGCGGGAGCGGGCGGGGUACGGGGGGCGCCUGUCCCCGCCCACCCUGACGCCCAUCCAGCCCGUCAGCCUGGCGGCGGCCGGUUGCAAAACGUCGGCGGAGCAGCAGAAGCCCCCCACGCUGCUGCCGGAACUCAGGGACGUCAAAGGUCACGGGAGCACGACCGCCAUCACCUCCGUGGCCUCCGUCAUCAGCGGGGAGGGCAGGGCUCCGCCCACAGACGGCUGGAGAGGCGCCGAGAUGCCGCCGGACCGAGGGGGGCCGUACGGCGGCGACAGGGGGGGCCCCAGGGCCAAACCCCAGGCCGCCAUGGCCUCCGUCAUCGUGCGUCCGUCGACGUCGGUGAAGUACGACGGUCCGGCCGGCGCUACCAAACCCGGCGCCAUCGUCCACAGAGAGCCGCCGCCGGGCCGCUUCUACCACGCCAAGGGGCCGGGCGAGGGCGUCCGGGAGCCGGCGGCGGGGCGCGUCAUCCAGCACAACUCCAACCUGGACGACCUGCCGCUCCACAGGAAGGCGUCCGGCGCCCACGGCACGGCCAACUCCGUCUGCAGGGCCGCCGCCGCCGCCUCGCCCUCGCCGGCGUUCGGCCUGCUGGGAAAGAGCGGCGUGGCCGGCCCGGAGCCGGGGUACUCCCUGCCGGCCCGCAGCGACUUCUCCGCCCUGAAGACCGGCAUGGGGGGCUGGGUGCUGAGCCACUCCGGACCGGACCGGGACCACCAGGAGGGGCUGGGCUCCCGGACCGGCUCUCCGGGGGUCUGCCCCCCCCUCAGCAGCUCAUCGGGGAUGCACCACCCGAGUCCCAGCGUCACCCCCACCCCCGGCUCCACGCCCGGCUCCUCCUGUGUUUCUGUGUCUGUCUGCCCCUCCGGGCCCCCCUCCGGGCCCCCCUCCGGGCCCCCCUCCGGGCCCCCCUCAGGCCCCCCCUCAGGCCCCCCCUCAGGCCCCUCCCAGCUCUACUCGCCCUCUUUCAUCCACCUGAAGAAGCACAAAGCUGCUCUGGCUGCGGCUCAGUCCCGGAGCUGCCCCCCCACCGCUGCUGGAACCCCCACCCUGACUGAUGCUCUGGACAAACCCCCUGCUCACAGCUCGCCCCCGCUGCCCUCCUCCUCCUCCUCCUCCUCCUCCUCCUCUUCCUCCUCACUCGACGGCAGCAGCAGCUCGGCGAGCGGGAGCACGACUCCCGGGAAGUCCAGCCCCUUGCCCAAUGGCCAGGCCUCGGGGUCGGCCCCCCCCUCCUGCGGUCAGCCCAGCAACUACCACAAGCUGAAGAAAGCCUGGCUGACCCGCCACUCGGAGGAGGACAGGAACACCACGGCCACCUCCAGCUCCAGCUCCAGCUCCACCUCCACCUCCACCUCCACCUCCAGCUCCACCUCCAGCAGCACCGCCAUGUCCGACAUGAUCAAACCCUGCACCGUCAACCUCAGCGCCUCCACCUCCAGCGAGGUGGACAUGAGCAAGGACGGCGUCGGCAAGGCCGACAGGGAGCGGCCGCCGGAGGACAAGGCGGCGGGGGGCGCGGCGGAGGAGAGGAGGCCCGCCCCUCUGUCCAGGCGCGGAAACAAGCGCUCCUACGAGUCCGGCUCGGAGACCGGCGGGGACGACUCGGACGCCAGCGAGAGCAAGAUGGAAGGCCGGGCCAAGCGGCAGCCCAAACCCACCUACAAGAAGAAGCAGAACGACAUGGCCAGGAGGAAGGGCGACGACAAGGACGACGACGACCUCAAACCCAACGGCAUCUUCAGGUCCGCCCGGGAGAAGACCAAGCUCAAGCUGGCCAGCAGCAACGGGAUCCCCCGCUCGGUGCUGAAGGACUGGAGGAAGGUGAAGAAGCUGAAGCAGACGGGCGAGUCCUUCCUGCAGGACGACUCCUGCGCCGAGAUCGGACCCAACCUGCAGAAGUGCCGCGAGUGCCGGGUGAUCCGCAGCAAGAAGGGCGAGGAGCCGGCGCACUCGCCCGUCUUCUGCCGCUUCUACUACUUCAGGAGGCUGUCCUACAGUAAGAACGGGGUCAUUCGGAUGGACGGCUUCUCGUCUCCGGACCAGUUUGACGAGGAGGCGCUGUCCCUGUGGGAGCCCGGAGCCGUGGAGGACGGCCACCUGGACCGGGCCACGGCCAAGUACAUCCUCAGCUUCAUCGGGGACAAGUUCUGCCAGAUGGUGGUGAUGGAGAACACGGCGGCGGGCUGGGUGAAGAAGGACGCCAAGCUGGCGUGGAAGCGAGCGGUGCGAGGCGUGCGGGAGAUGUGUGACGCCUGUGAAGCGACGCUCUUCAACAUCCACUGGGUGUGUCAGAAAUGUGGCUUUGUGGUUUGUCUGGACUGCUACAAGGCCAAAGAGAGGCGGAGCUCCAAAGACAAAGAGCUGUACGGCUGGCUGAAGUGUGUUAAAGGACAGCCGCACGACCACAAGCACCUCAUGCCCACGCAGAUCAUCCCCGGGACAGUGCUCACGGAGCUGGUGUUGUCCAUGCACUCGCUGAGAGACAAACUCAGCAUCAAGUCCAGCUGUCCCUGUUCGGGCAAGCAGAGCCUGCUGAGCAAGCUGCCAGCAACCAACGGAGUGUCACAGGUCCUGCAGAACGUGCUGAACCACAGUAACAAGCUGUCUCUGGUCAAAGCGGAGGUGGGCUCCCAGCAGAGCCUGGACCAAUCAGGAGCCAAAGUGGAGACCAACGGAGGGGGGGGCGGGGCCAGCAGCCCGGGCAGCGACACGGGCAGCGCCCCCGUCAGCCCCCCGGAGUCCCAGUCCCCCCUGCACUUCCUGGCCGACCUGGCGGAGCAGAAGUCCCGGGAGGAGAAGAAAGAGAACAAGGAGGCGGUGCUCUCCAAGAGUGUGAAGGAGGAGAAGGAGGUGGAGGGCCUGGAGGUGCUGCAGCAGUGUAAGGCCUCCACCCUGGUGUCCGGCGGCUCGGAGCAGGGCUCCACCCUCAGAGACCUGCUCACCACCACGGCGGGGAAGCUGAAGCUGGGCUCCACCGACGCCGGCAUCGCCUUCGCCCCCGUCUACUCCACCGCCUCGCAGACGGGGAAAGGCGGCCGCUCCAUGCCCAACAUCCUGGACGACAUCAUCGCCUCGGUGGUGGAGAACAAAAUCCCCGCCAGCCGCCAGAACCUCGCCGCCAAGCUGUCCCUCAAGCAGGACCCCGUGCUGGCCUCAACCACACCCACGGCGGGCCCCGCCCCCGCCCCGGCCGAGGACGGCAGGGCGGAGCGGAGGAAGGCGGUCCCGGCGAGCGCGGCGGCGCCGGAGGACUGGGCGGGCCAGUACCCGGACAUCCCUCACUGCUGGCUGAACCAGCGGCGGCUGCUCUGGCUCAAGGACCACCGGAACCAGAACAACUGGAAGCUGUUCAGGGAGUGCUGGAAGCAGGGACAGCCCGUCCUGGUCUCGGGGAUCCACAAGCGGCUGAACGCCGGCCUGUGGAAGGCCGACUCCUUCAACCAGGAGUUCGCCGACCACCAGGGAGACCUGCUCAACUGCAAGGACCAGGUGGUCUCCAACUCCGGCAUCAAGGAGUUCUGGGACGGGUUCGAGGACAUCACCAAGCGGCCCAAGUCCAAAGACGGAGAGCCGAUGGUCUACAGGCUGAAGGACUGGCCGUCCGGGGAGGAGUUCAUGGCCCUCAUGCCCUCCAGGUACGACGACCUGAUGAAGAACCUGCCGCUGCCCGAGUACUCCGACCCGGAGGGGAACCUCAACCUGGCCUCUCACCUGCCCUCCUUCUUCGUCAGGCCCGACCUGGGACCCAGACUCUGCUGUGCUUAUGGUGUAGCUGCCUCUCAGGACCAGGACUUCGGGACCGCCAACCUCCAUGUGGAGGUCUCGGACGUUGUCUCGGUUCUGGUCUACGUCGGCGUCGCCAAGGGCAACGGGGUCCUGUCCAAAACUGGCGUGCUGAAGCGUCUGGAGGAGGAGGAUCUGGACGAGGGCGUCCGGAAGCGGCUCAAAGACUCCAGUGAGACCCCGGGGGCGCUGUGGCACAUCUACCUCAACAGAGACAUGGACAGAGUGAGAGACUUCCUGCACAAGCUGUGUAAGGAGCAGGGUGUGGAGGCGUCUCUGGACCAGGACCCCAUCAGGGAGCAGGGCUGGUACCUGAGCAGGAAGCAGCGGCAGCGGCUGCUGGAUGAGCACGGCGUCCAGGGCUGGACCGUGGUGCAGUUCCUGGGAGACUCGGUCCUCAUUCCCGCAGGGGCCAUGCACCAGGUCCAGAACCUCCACAGCUGCGUCCAGGUCAUCAAUGACUUCGUGUCUCCUGAGCACGUCUCCAGCUCCUUCCACCUCACCCAGGAGCUGCGGUCCAGCAAGGAGGAGGUCAACUACGAGGACAAGCUGCAGGUGAAGAACAUCCUGUUCCACUGUGUGAAGGAGGCGGUGAGCGCUCUGAGGAGGAGCUCUGAGGGGGGGGAGGAGGAGGAGAACUCAUGACCCCCCCUGGGCCUCGUCCCGGCUCCUCCAUCAGCUCCUCCUCCCCCCGCGGCUCCCGACCUCCUCCUGCUCCUGCUCCUCCGUCACCUCAAGCCUUCAAUGCCGAGAGGAGGAGCGCCGGCGAGGCCCCGCCCCUCCUCAGGAGGAGGACACUACGCCCAGCGCGGCGCCGCCUGCUGCCCCGCUCAUGAACUGCAGUCAGACUGAAGACCUCAGCUGAUCCAUCAGCAUCACCAGCAGCAUCAGACCAGCCCACCCUGAUGUUCCCCCGUCCCCGUCCCCGUCCCCGUCCCCGUCCCCGCUGUGAUCUGUCCUUUUUCUACUUCUUCUGUCUGUCUGUCGCCCCCCCACCCCCGCCCCCCGUGAAGAUGUAUUUAUUUUAUAGCUCUAUGAUAAUGAUGCCAUGUAACUGAGACGAGAAGCAUUCAUGUAAAUGUGACCUGUACAGUCCCUUCUUUUUUCUUUUGCUAUGUGGUUUUCUGUUGUAAUACGGCUCUACUGUGAUAGAGGACACACACACACACACACACACACACACACACACACACACACACACACACACACACACACACCAGCUAAUGCCUGUACUUUGGGAAAUGUUGAUGCUCUACAGUCCUCAUGCCAUAAAUACAUUUUCUGAAAAGAACUGCCAAACUAUUGUAAAGACUGUGUAAAGUUGUAUUAUGUAAAGAAAAACUAAAUGGCUUAUACACUUCAGCAUUUUAUGAAAAGAAAAAUACAAAACAAAGUAUUCGCUGUAAAAUUAAGACAUUUACAAAAAAGAUGUAAUUUAUUUAAGAAAAUGAUUGAUUGUCUUGUUUUUGUUAAGAUUUACUAUGGUGAACUUUUGAAGUUAAAUAUUAAAAGAAUAAAAAGUUAACUAUAAUAUGUAAAUAUAUACAUAUAUACAUUCACUGAGGUAUUUUUUUAAAAACACGGCUUGCUUCAAUUUCAAAUUUUAAAGUGCAAGUGUUACAUGCUUUGUACAUUGAAGUUCAAAAGGGUUUUACAUUUUCCAUUAAAAUGGAUUUAUCAGACACUG